UAUUAUUGUUUUUUGUUAAAUUAAAAGUAUUUUGGCAUUUACAUAAAUAAUAGCUCAAUUGAUCAAUAUUAUCAUAAAAUAGAUAGACUGUAGGUAUAAGCGUUUUGAUUUCGAAAUACAUACUGGCAUGUGUACUUGAGAAGAGAGGGGAUAUUAUGUCGGAUUGAAACAAACUUUCAGUCACAUUCAAAUUCCUAUUGAUAUUUCGUUACACUAUAUGCAUGUGACGAAUGUCAAUGUUUUGAUUUAAACUUUAAAGAUACCAUAGAUUGGUAAAAUAGAAUUAAAUUAAUUUAAAAAUAUAUAUUAUUUAUUAUGACGGCUCGAGACGAAACGAAAGGAGGACACGUCACGUAAAGGUAAAAAGUAAUCAUUUUUUGUUUUCUCUCUCACUCCUCUCUGUUGCGCCAGUAUUUUUUACGAUUAUUUAUUGUUGUUAAAGGUAGCGCUCUAUCGUUUUAAGGUCUCGCUGUUCGCGGUUCGCCCUUUGUUGGGUCAGUCAAAAGUUCGACACGACAUCGUCGACAACGCCGUCACCCGUGCAUGUAUAAUAAUAGUUACAUGCAUCUGUAAGACAGUUUUUCCUUUUUUUUGUUAGAUAUUAUUUUUUAAUUUCAUUAAAUUUUAUUAUUACGUUAUAUACGAUUUUUAAUUAAAAUAUCCAUGCACUGUUAAACCGUGAAGCUUAUUAUUUACCUAUUUUAAUUAAAUUACAAUUUUUUUUUUGGCCAAUUCUUCCAACACCUCAAUGUCUGGCUGUCAUUUUAGAAAUUGCGUUCGAAUCGCCAGCAAUGGAAGAUGAUAAAGGAGAAGGCCAUAGACGGUUGUUCUUCCAUCGGGACCAUCGAUAGCGAAGUGUUUACGAUUGGGAGGACAUUUUAAGAGACACUCGAGAUGAUGGACUAUGACGGAAGCGAAUAUUCUAUACUGUUCGGUAUCCGUCAGGUACCGUGUGAUGAAUAACUCGAGCAAAAGUUUCUUCAGAUGGAUUAUUUCAGAAAUAUUCUGCUGCUGGAAACAACAGAACGAACUUUCCGAAAACUUGGCCGUGAGUUACACGGAGAUAACGCACUCAAACACAGCAGACGUACUGGAACUGCAACCACUUACACUGCGGAACUACGUGAACUCGCUGGAGCCGUACAAUCCGGAAGUGCACGGCUGGAGAGACACCACGCCACCCGUUAUGCGAUCUGUCAAGCACAGCGAGCGGGCUACGCAGUUGGUGACAGCCAUCCGUAUGUCAGGACUACAGGACAUCGAAAUUCUAGGCGUGCCCGAUGGACACAGCUAACGACGAACAACGCGUGCGAGCAUGUAUGCCACGACAAUCAUCUAAUUUUAAAAUACUUAUGAUCACUUAAUUCAGCGGUGCGACCUUCUCACUCACUUUUGCGUUGCACACGAUUAAAACGCUACAUCGCGCGCAGCAAUGUAUGAGAAUGUGAAAUAGGAAAUAUUUC